AGAAAUAUUGUGGGUGCAAUAGAUCACGGUACUCUGAUUCCUUUCUGCAUCCCAAUUGGACUCCAAGAACACGUUGGGUUAGUUGAUCGCGUGUAACUCCUCAGUAAAGCGCAAAGUGUGGACGCUCUCCGCUGGAACCAGCGGUUCUCUCAAUUGUUUAACCAACCAUGGGAGAUGUUAAGAUUUCUCAAACUACCACUCGUAUUUCCAAAACAACUCUAACAUUGGAAAGGCCUCAAGGGGACAACUACCCACCUGAAGUGCCUGUAUUCACAUUGCCUCCAAGAAAUGUUCGUAUUCCCAUCGGUGGAACAGCUAGAUUCGAUGGAAAGGUCAGGGGACAUCCAGAGCCUCAAAUCACAUGGUAUAAGAACGGUCAGUGUGUCCCAAAGGAUGGCCGGUACAUUAUUGAACAAAGUCCACGUGGGACUUUUAGCUUUGUCAUUAAAGAAGUGCAGAAAGAAGAUGCCGGGAAGUUUACUUGUGAAACUGCCAAUGUCGCUGGGGUUCGACAAGUAACUGUGGAGUUAACGGUGAACGAGGAAACCGGCAGGAAAUCCGGAUGGUCUUCCAGCAUCUCCAGUCGAUAUUCUGCACCAUCAAUUGAAAACAGGCCCAGUAUCUGGGGUGAAAGCCCUCCAAAAUUUGUCACAAAACCAACACGACAGAUUGUCAAUGAAGGGCAGAAUGGCAAAUUCUCUUGUAAGAUAACAGGACGGCCUCAACCUCAAGUAACCUGGCUGAAGAAUAAUGUGGAGCUGCAACACAGUGACCAUUACAACAUGUUUGAGAAGUCUGGGAUUCACUUUUUGGAGAUCUGCGCUGCACAGGCAGAGGAUGCUGGGAACUACACGUGUUUAGUGAUAAAUAGUUCGGGGAAAGCAAUGGCCACUAUUGAGCUCGUAGUUCAAAGUAAAGACUCAGAAGCUAAACCUGCAUCAGUCCAUCCAAGAAGCAAUGGAGCUGAGACAUUUGAAAUUCUGGAAUCUAAAUGCACAGCUUCGAAUGGCAUCCAGGUGCAAAAGAUGGUGAACAAAGUCACUGUUUUACCUAAUGAAAGCUUAAAAGUGGCAAAAAGCACAACAGGAGUUUUUGAGAAGGAGAAGCAGAACCUUAAGACUGAAGAGAGGAUGGACAUAAAGCAGGAAAAAAAGUCUCACCCAGAGCCAAACGCAGAAGACAAAUAUGCCAAGCUGCACCAAAAAGCAAUAAAUAGCCUAACACUUCAGGAACCGCAAGAAGAAAGAAAGAAAUUUUCCAUUGAACAGAAAGCCCAGAGCACUACUAUAACCCCUAAAGCACAACCAUCCCAAAACAGUAAAAUAGUGUCCAAAUGUCAGACCUCCCAGAGCCUGAGAACAACCCCUGAACAACACAUGUCGCAAAUUAUCACAACAACUAAACAACAGUCAUCCUACAGUCUUAUAACAACACCUAAUGAGCAAAUGUCCAAAAGCAUUACAACAGUCUCCAAAGAACAGAUGCCCCAAAGUGUCUCAACAACUCCCUCCCAACAGAAAGCUAAGUGGACCAUAACAGGGCCCACCCAGCAGAAGUCUGAAAGUUUUACAGCAGCUCAAAGUCACCAGAAAUCCAAGGGCAGUACAUUGCUUCAAUCGUGCACGAUAGAGGAGCAGCCCGUCGCCAAGACAAAAGAUGUUCCAGGAAGGCAGAUAGAAGAAUGUAAGACCGCUGUUUCACAGAUCAACGUAGAGGGUUGCAGAACCAUGCAGCAUUCACAAAGAGGAACUGGCAAACCUUCCCAACAGGAGGAAAACAAGAAGAUCACAGACCAAAAAUCACUAACUAGAGAAUCACCCCCGGACUUCCUUAUUUGUCCUCAAAGCCAGACAACACUAGAGGGUGAAGAAUUGAAGUUCAGAUGCAAAAUCACAGGAAGCCCGAAACCAGAAGUAAAAUGGGCGAAAAACGGAAUCUUACUUCAAGGGAAACCAGGUGUUAAAAUAUAUGAAGAGGAUGGAGUUCAGCAUAUUUGCUUUAACAAUAUCAGUGUGUCAGAUAGUGGUUCCUACAGCUGUACAGCAUCAAACAACAGAGGCCAAGUUUCAAGGUGCUGGACUUUGACUGUAAAAGGCUCCAGGGCCAAGGAGAUGCCACCAGUUUUCACAAGCAAACUGAAAGAUUGCACUGUGAGUGAGGGCCAGGAUUUUGUGCUGGAAUGCUCUGUGGAUAGCAAGUCUCAACCGCGGAUCACUUGGCUUGUCAAUGACAAACCCAUCCAGUACGCGCACAGCACAUUUGAAGGUGGCACAGCAAAAUUAUCUGUACAAGAUGCUUUGCCAGAAGAUGACGCUGUUUAUACUUGUGUAGCAGAGAACAAAUCUGGAAAGGUAUCUUGCUCGGCUAAAGUGACGGUAAAAGAGAAAAACAUCACCACAAAGGCUGAGGGUGCAAGUCUCCAGGAGUCCAAGAAGACUUUUGCCCCGAUCUUCCUGAGGGAGCUGACUGACAUGCAAGUCAUGGAUGGGAGCCAAGUGAGAAUGACUGUGGAAGUGGCAGCCAAUCCACCCCCUGAAGUUAUCUGGCUUCAUAAUGGGAAAGAAAUCCAGGAAUCAGAAGACUUUCAGUUUGAGAAGAAUGGAAAUGAAUAUAAUCUUUUUAUUCAUGAAGUUUUUCCUGAAGAUACUGGAAAAUACACGUGUGAGGUCUGGAAUGAUAUUGGGGAAGUCCAGACUCAGGCAAUGCUAACUGUACAAGAGCCUCAAAAUGGGACACAGCCUUGGUUUAUCAGCAAGCCGAAAGCUGUAACUUCAUCUUUAGGUGAACGUGUCCUCGUUUCUUGUGCCAUCGCUGGAGAUCCAUUCCCCACUGUGCAGUGGAUGAAGGAUGGGAAGGAGGUUGUAACUGAUGAAGAAUGCAGAAUCCUUCAGAAUGACGAUGUGUUUACACUAUUCAUCAAGAGCGUCCAAUUUCACCAUGCAGGUCGAUACGAAAUACGGCUCAAGAACCAGGUUGGCAAGUGCAGCUGUCAUGUGUCCCUGGUGGUCAAAGAAUUCUCCCUUUCCCGAGAAGUCGCGAAGGAAGAUAAGGCGCAACUGAAUGUCAGCAUCUCUGAAAAGGAGGAGGGUUCCAGUGAUGGCAUAGAGGAUUUUGAUAGACGGGGUAGUGUCAAGAAGAGUAUUGCAGAAACUAAAGCAAACACUAGCAACGAUCAAACAUUCCGUGGAGUACUUAGGAGAAAAGUCGAAACCAAAGAGCAGUCUGCAGAGCAACUCAAAGAGCAGGAGGCUGAGCAGAAAGACUUCCGCUGUGUUCUGGGGAAGAAAGUUAUCACCAAGAGCUUUUCCGAAGAGGAACUGAAGGAACGGUCAGCAGAGCAGAUGAACUUCCGAGACUCUCUGUCCAGACAUGUUAAAGCAACUAAUUCUUUUGAAGAAGAAAAGAAAAUUUCAAGCCCCCAACAGAUAGAUUUCCGGGCAGUCUUGGGUAAAAAGAACAUUUCCAAAACUUCACCGCAAGAAGUGAUCACACCAAAGCAAGCACAGCCUGACUUCAGGAGUGCUCUGGACUCAAAGAAGAAAACUUCCACUGAAAAAGUAACAAGUAACAAUUCUGACAGCAAUCAGCCUGUAAAAGUGGCUUUAAACGAUGGUGGUGAUUGUAAAGAUGGAUGUUCAUUUGUUGAUGGUGGGCUAAUUGAGGAGAAAUCUGAGAGCACAGACAGUGCACCUGUCUUCAAGGAAACAUUAAAGGAUACUCAGAUAACAGAUGGUGAACGUUUAUUGUUGCAAUGCCGGGUAGUGGCCAACCCACCCCCUGUGGUCACCUGGACUAUAAAUGGAAAAGCUAUCAAGUCAUCCAAGUUCAUUAAUGUGUCUCAAGAAGGGUCACUUUGUACACUUACAAUUGAGGAGAUUCUGCCUGAAGAUGAAGGCCAGUACAGAUGCAUUGCUGAGAACUCUGCAGGGAAAGUGGAGUGUACUUGCUCGGUUACUGUGGUUGAUGUAGCUGAACCAAAUACUCCUAAACCCACUGAGAAAAAGUCAAAGACAAAAUCCAUUCCUAGUCCCACUUCAGAAACAGAUUGUGUUGAAGCCACCAUUAAAAAGAAACCGACUCCCAAAACUCCUCCCAAACCAGCUAUUCCACCGCAGAUACUCCAGUGUCCUGGAAGCAUGAAAGUCCGUGCUGGAGAAUCCGCAGAGCUGUUUUGUAAGAUUGCUGGAACACCACCACUCAGCUACACAUGGCUAAAAUUUAGAAAACAGAUUAAAGAAAGUGAUCAUAUAAAAAUAGAAAAUACUGACAGUAGCAGUAAGCUAAUCAUCUCUUCAACCAAGCAUGAUGACUGUGGCUGCUACAACUUACUGGCCGAAAAUAAGAUAGGAAGCAAACAAGUUCAAGUUAACCUCACAAUUGUAGAUAGACCAGAACCGCCCGCGGGGAAGCCGUGCUCCUCCGAUAUCCGUAGCUCCACUCUGACACUGUCAUGGUACGGCCCCACGUAUGACGGUGGCAGCAUCGUUCAGUCAUAUAACGUGGAAACUUGGAAUUCAGAAGAGAAGCAGUGGACACCCCUGACCACCUGUCGCAGUACAUCCUGCAGUGUGCGUGAUCUAAGCACUGAUAAAGAGUACAAAUUCCGAGUCCGAGCUGUUAACGUUUACGGCACUAGUGAGCCAAGUCAGGAAUCCGAUUUGGUCAAAGUGGGAGUAACAGAAGAACACAAAGAUGAAGUUGAUCUUUCUGAUGAUGAUGAGAAAGAAGGCGAGUCAGAUUAUCGGCAUGUAACAAUCAACACAACUGAGAAGGUUGCAGAAUAUUAUGACAUACUGGAAAAAAUAGGAACGGGAAAAUUUGGACAAGUCUUCAAACUUGUUGAGAAGAGAACUAAGAAGGUUUGGGCAGGGAAGUUUUUCAAAGCUUUCUCUGCGAAGGAUAAAGAAAAUGUGAGGCAGGAGAUCAGUAUUAUGAAUUGCCUACACCAUCCAAAACUUGUUCAAUGCGUUGAUGCUUUUGAAUCAAGGUCGGACAUCGUUAUGGUUUUGGAACUAGUUUCAGGAGGGGAGCUUUUUGAGAGAAUAAUCGAUGAGGAUUUUGAGCUGACUGAGAGGGAGUGCAUCAAGUACAUGCUACAAAUUAAUGAAGGGGUGCAGUAUAUUCACAAGCAAGAAAUUGUACAUCUGGAUUUAAAGCCAGAAAACAUCAUGUGCGUCAACAAAACCGGAGCGAGGAUUAAACUCAUUGAUUUUGGACUUGCUCGAAAAUUAGAAAGUACAUCCUCUCUAAAGGUUCUAUUUGGAACUCCUGAAUUUGUGGCUCCUGAAGUUAUCAAUUAUGAGCCAAUUGGGUAUGCAACUGAUAUGUGGAGCAUAGGAGUGAUCUGCUACAUCUUGGUCAGUGGACUUUCUCCUUUCAUGGGAGAUAAUGAUAAUGAAACUCUGGCCAAUGUAACUUCUGCUACCUGGGAUUUCGAUGAUGAAGCCUUCGAUGAAAUUUCAGAAGAUGCCAAAGACUUUAUUAGUGGGCUACUGAAAAAAGACAUGAAACAGCGUUUGAACUGCAAUCAAUGUCUUGAGCACAAGUGGCUGAAAAAAGAUGUUAAAAACAUGGCGGUAAAGAAACUUUCAAAGGAACGAAUGAAGAAGUACAUGGCCAGGAGAAAAUGGCAGAAAACAGGUCAUGCAGUCCGAGCAAUUGGCCGACUCUCCUCGAUGGCAAUGCUUGCUGGUCUAAGUGGAAAGAAAUCUUCACUGGGAAACGUACCCACCAGUCCUACAGCUUCAGAGGAAAAGCCAGAAGCUGAAGUUCAGGAUCCGAAUGUGCUUCUUGAAGCAGUUUCUGAAGAACGGCAAAACUUUAAGCCAUAUUUCUCCAAGACCUUUGAAGACAUCGAAGUUAUAGAAAGCAGUGCAGCUCGAUUUGACUGCAAGAUUGAGGGUUAUCCUGAUCCAGAAGUUAUCUGGUAUAAGGAUGAGCAGCCCAUCAAAGAAUCUCGUCACUACCAGAUUGAAUACGAUGAAGAUGGGAACUGCUCUUUGCUCAUUUCCGAUGUAUCUACACGUGACGAUGGCAAAUAUACCUGCAAGGCCAUCAACAGCUUAGGAGAGGCUACCUGGACAGCUGAACUCAUUGUGCAAACGAUAGAGGAAAGCAAGAUGAGUAACGCUGAAUCAAAGUAGACGGGUUGCUUGAAGAGAUGUGUUUGUGUCUGAUGGUAUACUGUUACAACAAUUUAAAGGAGCAUAAGGGGGUUGAUUAUGCAAAGUUCUUCCUUAAUUCCCAAGACAUGGAAGUUGCUUAUGGAUAUAUUUAUGUAUGCACUCUGUGCCAAAGAACCAUGGGAGACUAUGCAAUCGCACCCACAAACAUACAGUAAGUUUAGAAAUCACGUGCUCACCUAAUGACAGAUAUAUCCCAAUUUGAAUACCACUGCAAACAUAUUAUAUACUCGUGGUUCAGUUUCACCCACAUUUACCAAAUAAUGACAAUAAUCACUUAGGUUUUCAGAGAAAUUUGAACCUGGUUUCUAAAAUCUGCCAACUUAAUUUUUUUUGGGCGCUUUGACUCAGUUCUUUGUGCAUCCCCUAGUUGUUUGUACAGAUGUUAUGAGAAGCCAAUUGGUGACUCUUAGUUAAUGAAUUUCAUCCAUCUUCUCGAUUUGCAGAUGUAUGAAACUCGCUGCAAUCUAAAGAUAUUUUAAACACAAUUUUGUUUACAUUACACUGCACCUUUCACGCGUAAGUUUUCACGUUGCUUUUUAAAUGUCAAUUUAGUUUAUGGUUUUUGACAAUAAAGUAAAUGCUUUUAAUGGUUUUGUGGUAAAGACUCAGAAGGGAGCUGAAUGCCAGGAUUUCUGUUCAGCAUUCAUUUUGUUAUUAUGAAACACAAAAAUAUAGCCCUAGGUUAUUACAUCAUAAAAGGAAAAGGAUGCAAACUUCACAGCAAGGGAACUGGUUUAUAUGUCUUGCUGUUUGAAAAUUCAGCGGGAAGUUAUUCUAAACACCAGUCCCGCUUGAUAAAGCACAUUUUGAAUAAGAAACUAGAAGACUUCAAAAUCAAUUUGAUUCUUAUGAACUGUACAUAAAGAUAAUGCCAUACGACAUCACAAACUACCUUAUGCAAAGUACUCAAUAAUUGCAAAUACAGCUUGAAAGUAUGACUCAAUCUCAAAUGAAUCCAAGUCCACAGUAACAAUAAAUGCUACCUGAUGAAGAUUUUGGUGGUACCUUAGAAAGGAACUGCUCCCAAAUUAAAAUGCCUUAACUCUUCGUGUUUCAUCCAUGGAACCUGCCUAAUAAUUAGCGCAAGAUUAGUAACCCCUGCCCUUCUCCCAUCCGGUUCGAUAUUUUAGAGACAAUUGUAUCUCAUUUCAAUUUUUCCCCGUUUUAAUUACCUUCUGUAUUAUUUGGUGUUAGAAGUUUUUAUGAUCUUUAAAAAUUUCAUUUUUCACCUCUUGCCAGUAUUUUCCUGCACUAUUCUUCCUUCUGCUCAAUUGUAACUUGCACUGGCCAAAUUGGAAAGAUAUUCCUUUGCAUAUUCCAAGUAUAACAAAAUCUAUUGGAAAAGUUCGAUUUAAAGGCAGAUUUCAAACAUUACAGAAGCACAUAUUGCUGAAGUAUUUGCCUCGACACCCUGCACUGACUCUAUGUACCUGCCUGGAUAUAUCAGCGAGAGAUCUUACUAUCUGUCUCUUGUGCUCAAGAACACCUGGCCCGUUGCUCAUUCUAAGUUAAUAUGUCAGCAACAUUUUGAGUAUAAUUAGCUCUUAUUAACACAGGGAAGCACACCUCAACAAGAUGUUUUCAUGAUCCCUCAUCUUUCUCAUACAUUAGAGAGGUUAUCUGCUGCUUCAGGAAGAAUGCAGUGCACAUGGAGAUGUUUGUGAAGGACAGUAAAUUAAUUUUGUUUUCCUGUGGAGAAGAGGACUCACUUGUCGAUGUUGGCUCCUUUCCACCGCAUAGCAGAUUUUCUUUGACUGCAAUGGUCAAUAGUUGACAGCUAUGAGUUCAAUGAGACGUUUCAUAUCAAAUCUUGACCUCCAUGUAUUGAAAGGAAUAUUGCUUCCAGUCAGCAUGCAAAUUCACAACAUGAAUGCCAUUGGAGAAGGCAUGAAGAAACUAUUAUCCUUUCACAGUAUGGAAAUUGAUUGGGCCAUGAAGAGAAAGAAUUGUUAAUAUCUAGAUUUUCCACAGGAACAUGCCUUUGAACUUCAAAUCGGAGCAAACACUAACCAUCCCCACACUCUCCUGUACCUUUCUGAACAAUGAUUCCAAUUUUAAGACAGUGUCAUAAAGUUUUCUUUCAACUAUUAGCUGCAACUUCUAACAGUGUUGAGUUGUUUAAUUUUCCAUCUCUAAUUGAAGCUGUUAGGGGUUAAGCUUUUCUGGUACAAUGUUACAUUCAGUUCAUAUUGCUAAAGAGAUUCUUGUUAGAGCAGUCAGUGAGACACAUUCUCUCUGCUAGCUGAGGCUAACCUAUAUCAUAGGGCAAUCAAUUAUUUGUACUACCAUUAGAAAAUUAGCACUGAGGUGUCAACAUAAGAGCAACUACACUAUAGCCAAUGUAAACUUGAUCCAAAUAGCUUAAGCCUUCCAAGUUUGAGAUGAUAUUGUACCAAGAAGCCACAAUUUUUGACCCUGAAUUAGAUGCAAAGUGUUGGUAUUUUAAUUUUUUAAAUCAUAUUUAUUUGAGAUCAUACUGUGCAUGAUACAUAGUUUGUGAAAUGGAGUAGAAAAAUGAAUUUUUGCUUGAACAAUAGACAGUACAAGUCAAGUGAGUUUUUAGGGUUUUUAAACGUUUUAAAUAUUAGGUGUGUUGCCUUGGCAACGCCAGUUUUUAUUUUGUUUCCAUGUAUUUAUGGUGCAACAAGUAAAUUGCUCAAUAUGGUAACAGAUUAAUUUACAUAAUAUAAACAAACACCAAAUAAUAUGGAUUUGAGUUAUCAGUGUGCAGAUUAUGGUAGGUUAGGUAAGGACUAUGAUGGACUACUUGGCCACUGUAAAUUGCUUGAAGAGUGCACAUGUGAUAGAAUUCUGGGCCAGGGAGGAGGUGGUUGCAGUUGUUAAAGAUGUUAGGAGAAUUUUAAAAAAGCAUUAAAUAAGUCAAUGGGCAAGUAGCCUUUGUAUGGACCAAUACCAUUAAGCAAUGGGUCUGUGGACCCCAGAUUGAGAACCCCUACUCGACAGCUACAUACAAAAGUAAAUCUUUAUAAAAAUACUUUUAUAAACCACAUUCACAUCCUACAUAUUUUAAUGCUAUCUCUCAAUGCUGUAGAAUUCUUGUCUUAGCCUUUUCACCAUUUCUUAAUAUUCUAUGGUCAUUUAAAUUUCUAUAUCAUGUUGGACCUGAUACGUUUGUGAAGCAAUACUUGCAGGACAGAUAUUAAAUUGAAUGCUAAAUGAUAAUUUAGAGAUUUAUAACGUCAUUUAAAAUAUAGUAAGAACACAAAAUGCAACGUGGAUCACUAUUGACCACUGUCUCUGCAAAUGACUUCUCCAAAAACAGUUAGCUUCCAUCCGUUGAGUUUGAAUGUCCUUGCACUAACGCUUUUCAUUGCAUUUCAGUAGUACACAGCGCUUGAACUGAAUGCAAACGUGCCUAGUUUCUGGCAAGUUCAUGAAGGGAAGAAGUUGGAACUCUUUGACUGAAUGAUAUAAUACUUAAUCAUCUAAUAUCAGAUUUAUAUUUUCUACUCUACUGGAGAUGAACACACACAACAGGAGUUUGGCUUUUUAAGAACUGGUAUAUAACUCACAUUUACUGGCCUUUAGUUAUGAAUUCAAAGAACAAGCUUCAUGUUUUUGAAAAAUCUAAAAGUGCUUAUGAUAAACAAAAUACAUUGUUUUACAGUUCACCAUGGUUCAAUUAUAUUUUAAUUCACAUUUUUACAGGUAUAUUAAAAAAGGAGUUAGAUCUAGAGUUCUUAGUGAUUAAAGAGUUAUUGGAAUAUGGAGAGAAGGUGGGUACAGGCUAUUGAAUAUGGAUUAUUAACUAUGAUCAUAUUGAACAGUGUGGCAGGAUCAAAGGGCCGAAUAGUCUGUUACUACUUCUAAUUUCUAGGUUUGUGUAAAUAAAAGCAUGCACUUUACAACACAUGACAAAAGUGGGUAUAAUAUAGAGAAAUAUUCGAUGAUCCACAAUCAACUUAACUCUAUGCAUUUGAGCAAUGGUAGGUCCAGGCUGUGUGUCUCUUUGCUUCAGCUAAUUUUUAAAAUAAAUAUUUUGGUUUGACUAAAAAUCAGUCAGGUUGUGGCAGACCUAACGUUCUCUGUUUUAAAAAGACUGCAAUGUAUAUGGCAUUAUCUUAAAUAUUAACAAAUCAAAAAGUAGAUAUCUGUAAUGGUAAUUUGGAAAGCCUUUGUUUCAGAUUUGGCUGUAGUUUGCAGUUAUUCAGACUAUUUCUCCAAACCUUUCACAAAUUUUAGCCUUGAACAAAUGACCAAUUAAAUCAAAUAUUCUAUUUUGCUCUCAUACAGUUUAAUAAAUACAGUUAUGGAUUUAAAGAUUUGUGCUAUUUUAUCACCAUAAAAUUAAUUCAGUCAAGUGCAAAAAAGAAAUAAUUUUAACCAUAAACUAAAAUUGAAACAUAGUUUGAAUUUGAUAAAAUACAUUUUACAUGAUAACCAAUGAAGUCGGUAUAGACGAUGUUACAAUGUUUAUGAUGCUAACGGCUACCAAAUGUUUGUAAUGUGUAAAGCAGUUAUUAAAAAA